AUGGAGGAUCAACAAACAACCAGAGAGAAUCAGGAGGACGACAGGAGAGAAGUGAAGGAGCCCGGCCCUCGACCCGUCGCUUUCAUGAGCCGAAAUACUGAUUUCAGGUUUUGGACGCACCACCCUGUCCCAAAUACCCAGCACCACCCGAAUUACCACUGCUCCCCGCACCACCCGAAUUACCACUGCUCCCCGCACCACCCGAAUUACCACUGCUCCCCGCACCACCCGAAUUACCACUGCUCCCCACACCACCCGAAUUACCACUGCUCCCCGCACCACCCGAAUUACCACUGCUCCCCAGCACCACCCUGUCCCAAAUACCCCGCACCCCCCUGUCCCAAAUACCCUACACCACCUGAAUUACCACUGCUCCCCACACCACCGUCCCAAAUACCCUGCACCACCCUGUCCCAAAUACCCUGCACCACCCGAAUUACCACUGCUCCCCACACCACCCGAAUUACCACUGCUCCCCACCACCACCCUGUCCCAAAUACCCCGCACCCCCCUGUCCCAAAUACCCUGCACCACCUGAAUUACCACUGCUCCCCACACCACCCGAAUUACCACUGCUCCCCGCACCACCCGAAUUACCACUGCUCCCCGCACCACCCGAAUUACCACUGCUCCCCACACCACCCGAAUUACCACUGCUCCCCGCACCACCCGAAUUACCACUGCUCCCCAGCACCACCCUGUCCCAAAUACCCCGCACCCCCCUGUCCCAAAUACCCUACACCACCUGAAUUACCACUGCUCCCCACACCACCGUCCCAAAUACCCUGCACCACCCUGUCCCAAAUACCCUGCACCACCCGAAUUACCACUGCUCCCCACACCACCCGAAUUACCACUGCUCCCCACCACCACCCUGUCCCAAAUACCCCGCACCCCCCUGUCCCAAAUACCCUGCACCACCUGAAUUACCACUGCUCCCCAGCACCACCCUGUCCCAAAUACCCAGCACCACCCGAAUUACCACUGCUCCCCAGCACCACCCUGUCCCAAAUACCCAGCACCACCCGAAUUACCACUGCUCCCCAGCACCACCCUGUCCCAAAUACCCGCACCACCCUGUCCCAAAUACCCCGCACCCCCCUGUCCCAAAUACCCUGCACCACCCAAAUUACCACUGCUCCCCACACCACCGUACCAAAUACCCUGCACCACCCUGUCCCAAAUACCCUGCACCACCCGAAUUACCACUGCUCCCCAAACCACCCGAAUUACCACUGCUCCCCACCACCACCCUGUCCCAAAUACCCCGCACCCCCCUGUCCCAAAUACCCUGCACCACCCGAAUUACCACUGCUCCCCAGCACCACCGUCCCAAAUACCCUGCACCACCCUGUCCCAAAUACCCUGCACCACCCGAAUUACCACUGCUCCCCACACCACCCGAAUUACCACUGCUCCCCACCACCACCCUGUCCCAAAUACCCCGCACCCCCCUGUCCCAAAUACCCUGCACCACCCGAAUUACCACUGCUCCCCAGCACCACCCUGUCCCAAAUACCCGCACCACCCUGUUCCAAAUACCCCGCACCCCCCUGUCCCAAAUACCCUGCACCACCCUGUCCCAAAUACCCCGCACCACCCUGUCCCAAAUACCCCGCACCACCCUGUCCCAAAUACCUUACACAACCCAAAUUACCGCUUCUCCCCACACCACCCUGUCCCAAAUACCCUGCACCACCCUGUCCCAAAUACCCCGUCCAGUUUAAUUUUAGGCUUAGUCACUGUUAA